AUGCAGAGAUGCACAGCUGAUGCUUCUACUCUCACGCUCUCCCGAUGCACAACCCUUGAGUAUUACAAUCCCGUUGCCAAAGUCGAUCACCGACACUGGGAGCCUCAGAUCUCCCAAAGGCAAUACGCGCCCCCAAGCGCUGCGCCGGAGCAUGCGAAGAACUACGUAACAGUCAAACAAGCCGAACUAGCGCACUCGCCAUAUAAACCGGAACAUCGCGAUUGCGGCUGUCGGGAUGAUUCCGAGUACGAGAUGCGUGGGUGUAAAUGA